GGGCUGGCCUCUCCCCUUCCAUAAGUAGCACCCAAAUGAGCAGGGGGAGCCCUCGCCCCGUGUCACACGAUGGCCUUCGCUGGGACCUGGCAGGUCUACGCUCAGGAGAACCUCGAGCCCUUUCUCAAAGCUCUUGGGUUGCCAGAUGACAUCAUCAAAGUGGCCAAAGACAUUAAGCCUGUCGUUGAAAUACAGCAAAAAGGAAACGACUUUGUUGUGACAUCAAAAACACCCAAGCAAUCUGUAACUAACUCCUUCACACUGGGCAAAGAGGCCGAAAUCACCACGAUGGAUGGCAGGAAGCUGAAGUGCACUGUGAACUUGGUCAACGGGAAGCUGGUGUGCAAAUCAGAUAAAUUCUCCCACGAGCAAGAAGUUAAAGGAAAUGAAAUGGUGGAGACUAUAACAUCUGGUGGAGCAACACUGGUCAGAAGAAGCAGGAAAGUUUAAAGACAGACCAUCUCUUUUGUGAUACCUCUACAUACCUAAAAUAAAGUGCACUUUCCACAA